GCAAGAUAAAACCGACGACACGAGACUUUCAACAGAUAUACAAGAAAAAUGAGCUCAACGGUUCAGUGUCCGGUCUGCAAAGGCUCAGGAAUGCGGCUGGGAAAGUAUAUCUGCAGUCGGUGCAACGGCGAGGGGGAGAUCUCCGCACCAACAGAAGAUCCCCCGGCACCUGCACAGGAUGCCCCACAGGGUUCUGAAUCUGCGACAGGAACAAAUCACUUUCUCUUGCUGCAGCAGAGACCUUGUUGGCAUCAAAAGUCAUAAGACUAUUAAGAUUUGGUUACUAGUCUAUCAAUGAAUGAGGCCUGAUUUGUUGGC